ACACACCACCGUCAACACAUCACGGUCGCGCCGACACUCGCAGCAUCCGCUCUAGCACGCAAGCCCCCCGAAGACCCCGAGCACGAUCCGCCAUGGCCGACGCAACCGGAGAUGUCGCGGCAGAGUACGACCUGCUGCCCACCAUGAUCCCCAACCUGGAUCGUCACCUGGUCUUCCCUUUGAUCCAGUUCGUCGCCGGCCCGGAGGAGGAGCAGAGCGAGCAGGACAAGAAGCUCAAGUAUGAGCUGCUGAAGCCGACCAACAUGACCGACUACGUCGGCAGCCUGCACGCCGACAUCAACGGCCUGGCCGAUCCUGCGCCCGAGUUCGCCGACAAGCGCGAGGAGGUGCUGAAGAAGCGGGAGCAGUUCGAGGAGGACACCAGCAAGAUCCUGAGCCUGUUGGACGAUGAGAGCGUCGUCAACAACCUGCGCAGCGACAAGGUUGCCAACUUGAACUACCUCAAGGACAACCACGGCGUCACCAACGAGAUGGUCGACGCGCUGUACGACUUCGGCCAGUUCCAGUACAGCUGCGGUGACUACGACCGCGCCUCCGAGCUGCUCUACAGGUUCAGGGUUCUGUCGACCGACAACGACAAGUGCGCCGACGCCACCUGGGGCAAGCUGGCCAGCAACAUUCUCACCACCGACUGGGAGACCGCUAUGGAGGAGGUGCAGAAGGUCAAGGACAACAUCGACGCCAGGCUGUUCAACAACCCGCUCGCGCAACUCAACCACCGCACCUGGCUCAUCCACUGGUCGCUCUUCCCCUUCUUCAACCACGAGCCCGCUCGCGACACUCUCACCGAGCUGUUCUUCUCGCCCGCCUACAUCAACACCAUCCAGACCGCCUGCCCUUGGGUCCUCCGCUACCUGACUGCCGCCGUCAUCACGAACCGCACCCGCAGCCGGACCUCGAACCAGUACCAGAGGCAGCUGAAGGACCUCAUCCGCAUCGUCAAGCAGGAGGGCUACGAGUACCACGAUCCUCUGACCGACUUUGUCAAGGCGCUGUACAUCGACUUUGACUUUGAGGAGGCGCAGAAGAAGCUCGGCGAGACCGAGGAGGUCCUGAGGAGGGAUUUCUUCCUUGCCGCGGCGGCCGAUGCUUUCGUCGACUCCGCCAGGCAUUUGAUCUCCGAGUCGUACUGCAAGAUCCACCAGAGGAUAGACAUCAAGGACCUUUCUGCUCGCCUUGGCCUGAGCCAGGACGAGGGUGAGAAGUGGAUCGUCAACCUCAUCCGCGACACGCGCGUCGACGCGAAGAUCGAUUACCAGGCCGGCACCGUCGUCAUGAACCACCCGCCGCAGUCUGUAUACCAGCAGGUGAUUGAGCGCACCAAGGGUGGCUUCUUCAGGACGCAGGUCCUCAGCGCUGCCGUCGCGAAGUGAGGGGCGGUUUCUCUUUGAGCAUUGGGGAGAUGUUGGGUCAUGGUUAUCCGGCGUCGAGGCGCUCUCGAUGAUAUUCCUGGGCUGGUCUUUGCACGCAGCGAGGCCGCAAAAGUUUGAGACGGGGCGGAUAACGAGGAAAGACGGAGAGCCGGCCGUUCGAGGUUGAGCAUGUUUAUGUGACAUAAAGCCCCGCUUGGAAGCGGGGUCUUCAGGCAACGGAGGGUUUCUGGCAGUGCAUUUGCAUGAACCAACGUGUUUCACGAGCAGUUGCACGUAGAGUGUUUUAGAAAAGAAUCAGACGCCGUUCAUGACGAG